UUCCUUGGCAUAGCAUUUCUUGGGAUUGGAUUGUGGGCAUGGAAUGAAAAGGGAGUGCUGUCCAAUAUCUCCUCCAUCACUGACCUGGGCGGCUUUGAUCCAGUUUGGAUCUUCCUCGUGGUAGGAGGAGUUAUGUUUGUUUUGGGAUUUGCGGGAUGCAUUGGAGCUUUGCGAGAAAAUACCUUUCUUCUCAAGUUUUUUUCUGUGUUUCUUGGAAUUAUUUUCUUCUUGGAGCUCACUGCUGGGGUUCUAGCAUUUGUUUUCAAAGACUGGAUAAAGGACCAGCUGUAUUUCUUUAUAAACAACAACAUCAGAGCAUACCGAGAUGACAUUGAUUUGCAAAACCUCAUAGACUUCACACAGGAAUAUUGGCAGUGCUGUGGGGCUUUUGGAGCUGAUGACUGGAACCUUAAUAUUUACUUCAAUUGCACAGAUUCCAAUGCAAGUCGAGAGCGCUGUGGUGUGCCAUUCUCUUGCUGCACUAAAGACCCUGCUGAAGAUGUUAUCAAUACUCAGUGUGGCUACGAUGCAAGGCAAAAACCAGAAGUUGAUCAGCAGAUUGUUAUCUACACUAAAGGCUGUGUCCCACAGUUUGAGAAAUGGCUGCAGGACAAUCUUACCAUAGUUGCCGGUAUAUUCAUUGGGAUAGCAUUGCUGCAGAUAUUUGGGAUAUGCUUAGCCCAGAAUUUGGUUAGUGACAUUGAGGCUGUCAGAGCCAGCUGGUAAAACUGCUGAAGUAACCACAACAAGACACUGGACAACUGGAAUCCUCUGAAACCUCCAGUGUGUCGCUCCGACACCAAGCUGUAUGGACAUGGGUGACAGGGAAGCCUUCUCUCCCAAGUAAUCUCAAGUCUUAAGUUCCUGACGUUGCAGUGAACUCGUGUUUCUUUGGGGUGGGAAGAGAAGAGUGGGCUAUUUAAAAUCUGCUGCUCACUGACAAUUUUAUUUUUCUUUUAAACCACCAGUUUGAAAGCUGUUGAGCCGUGAAUCUCUACUGUAUUCUUGAUCCUGAGUAACAAGUGGACACUUUUUUUUAAAUUGAUGUAUUCAGUGGGACAGAGUUGCAUCAUUGUAGUCUGUGGAUAUGCUGUUUUAUUCUUCGUGUCAUGAGCUCUUUGAUAGCUGCCAAAUAUUCCUGAGA